ACUUUGUAAUAACUUUGCGAUCUGUAAAAUCACUGGUAAAGAUCUACGUUUUAAAAAAAAAUGUAUUAUACUCUGUCGUCAAGCAACCUCACCCCUUUAACAAAUACAAUUUUGAUUCAAUACUGAGUAUCGACCGAUCAGAUCCUGCGGUUCUGUUUUUAAAGAGGCGUACAGAGAGAAUUUGUUUUUUAUGUAGCUUUCGGGACUAGGCUGUCGGUUCCUUACUUUGAAGUACGCUGGUAUACCCUGAGCUCAGUACGUAUUGGAAUAGCCUACAGGAGAAACUCACCGUAUGGCAUGGCAACCUGAAAACGUUUGGACAGAAAAGGGGAAAACAGACGUUUUUUCCUUUUGCAAGUCACUAAUAUUAUUCUUUCUGUAACUAACUCGAAACACAUCGGAGUGUAAAGCAACAUGUCGUGGGACAAAAAAUCGUGAUAUUUUUUAUUGUGGAUGAGAAACUAGAGACUUGAAGACCGAACUCAUGGAUCGAUGAGAGAGGACGGGAAGAGACGCUCCCCCGCUGACAUAAGAGAGUGAGGAGAUUUUACAGUAGAGCUCCGAGGAAGGACAACACAGGCUUUUUCUGCUGCCUCAGGAGCCAUGAGCCGGGCGCUUACGGACCACAUUGCCACUAGUUUUAGAGAGGAUGCUCCUCGUCCUCCGGUCCCGGGGGAGGAGGGCGAGGCGCCCUGCUAUCCUGGCAAAUUCGCAAUGAUGAGACCCCAGGGUACGACCAAAUCAGUUCUGUUUGCUUCUCCCGGUUCCAGUGCGAGGAGAAACGAGGAUGGACUUGGGGAGCCCGAGGGGAGUGCCUCCCCGGAUUCGCCGCUUGCCCGAUGGACAAAGUCUUUGCAUUCUCUACUUGGGGAUCAAGACGGAGCUCAUCUGUUUAGGACAUUCCUGGAGCGGGAGAAAUGUGUUGACACUGUAGACUUUUGGUUCGCCUGCAACGGUUUCAGGCAAAUGGACCUCAAGGAUACCAAAACGCAGCGCGUUGCCAAAGCAAUUUACAAGCGAUAUAUCGAAAACAGCAGUAUAGUCGCCAAGCAGCUUAAGCCUGCGACUAAAACUUUCAUUCGGGAUAAUAUAAAGAAGCAACAAAUAGACUCGGCGAUGUUUGACCAGGCACAGACCGAGAUCCAAGCUACCAUGGAGGAGAAUGCCUACCAAAUGUUUUUGAUCUCUGACAUAUAUCUCGAGUACGUGAGGACCGGGGCAGAGAAUCCAAGUCACGCUAACCCCAAUGGACUAGGCAGUUUGAAACUGGUGUGUGGCUACCUACCCACACUCAACGAGGAAGAGGAGUGGAGUUGUAAUGACUUCAAAGGCAAAGCACUGGCUUCCGUUGUUGGACUAUCCGCAAAAGCGCUGAGGGCGACAGUGGCACUAAGAACAGUGGAGGUGAUUGAAAAAGGGUACAGGUCGUACAGACGAGGGGACACUGGGAACCCCUACCACGUAGGUUCCUUCGCCCCCGCCACCAGCACCAAUGACAGUGAGGCGUCGAGCGACGCCAUGACAGACGACUCCAUGUCGAUGACCGACAGCAGUAUAGACGGCAUCCCUCCAUACAAGCUGGCCUCUAAGAAACAUCUCCAGAGAGAGAUGCAGCGUAACAUGAGGAUGAACAGCCAAGUCUCCUUACCUGCCUUCCCUCGUACAAGGCGAGCUCCUCAGGAGAUGCCUCCUGUGCAGCCUGCGGUCUUUGCUGCCCAGCUCAUCGCCCGUCUGGAGAGGCUGAAGAGAGAGCAGGAAACCAUGAGCUCCCUGGAAGAGAGGCUGCAGCAGAUUCAGGAGGAGGAAGAGAGGGAUGAAGCUGAGCUGUCAUCCGGCAGUAUCCCCCUGCUUCUCUCUCCCCACUUCCACCCCCUGGCUCUCCUCCCCCCGGGCCACACUGAUGAGGACCCCCAGGCCAUCCUGGACGAGCACCUUUCCCGCGUCCUCAAAACCCCCGGCUGCCAAUCCCCCGCGGCCCCUGCCCGCCAUUCCCCCCGCUCCCGUUCCCCAGAGCACAGGCCUCCUCUCCGGGGAGAGCCGGGAAUCAAAGCCCAUGCUUCUCCUGGGGCCUGCUCCAGCUUCAGCCCCAGCCUAGGGGCCUUCCCAUCAGCCUUAGGCCAAGGAAGGGCCCUGGUUAGCAGGCAGAGCACCAAGCACAUCCACCACCACUACAUCCACCACCACGCUGGGCCCAAGAGCCAGGAGCAAAUCGAGAAGGAGGCGGCACUCCGGGUGCAGUGCCUGGGCCCCACGGGGAGCGAGGGUCAGUCAUGCCAGCGCAGCCGCAGCUUGGGCCGAGAGAUGUGUGGCGGCAGCAGCGCCGACAGUGCAAGCUCCAGACGGUCCAGUUCUUUGUCCAGACGCACGUGUUUCUUGGGGGCAGGGGAGGACGUGGCGCCGGGUUGCGGAGGCGAUGGCGCCCCCCCCCUCCUGCUGCUGCCCACAGACAGUGCUGACCGCUCCCAGAACGUGUGGCAGUGGAUCCUGGAGAGUGAGCGCCAGGGCAAGCACAAGUCCCACAGCACCCAGAGCACUAAGAAGUCAUAUGGCGUUGGUGCCUCCUCUUCGCAGACCCAUACGUGGGGCGGCGGGGGUAAUUGUGCCCACUUGAGGAGCCACCAGCCUGCCCACCCCUUCGUCCAGGACCCGGCCAUGCCCCCCCUGCCCCCACCCAACACCCUGGCACAGUUGGAGGAAGCUCGGCGGCGCCUGGAAGAGGUCUCCAAGCCCCCCAAGCAGAGGCAUGCAACGUCAAGCCUUCAGAGAGAGAGGAGCCACCUAGUGCCUGUCCAAAGCGGGGGCCUCACCCCACUGACACACCACCAAUCUGGUCCCGCCCUCUGCCCUGGCCUCCAAUCAGAAGAAGCCAGGGAAUCACGGCGGCCAGCGGGCUUGGCGGGAGGCGAAACGGUGGUGACGUACUUCUUCUGUGGUGAGGAGAUCCCGUACCGGAGGAGCAUGAAGACCCACUGCCUCACACUGGGACACUUCAAGGAACAGCUGCGCAAGAAGGGCAACUACAGGUACUACUUCAAGAAGGCCAGUGACGAGUUUGAGUGUGGCGCUGUGUUUGAGGAGGUGUCUGACGACAGCUGCAUCCUGCCUACCUAUGAAGGCAAGAUCCUGGGCAAAGUGGAAAGGAUGGACUGAAGAUGACCACAACACCCCCCCCCCCCUCUCUCUAUCUCUCUAUCUAUAUAGCUAGCUACAACAAUGGGACUGGUCUAUUGAAGGAACCCUGGUCUAAGAAAAAGAGAAAAUGCACAGAGAGUAAGAGUAGAGAGAUGGGCUAUUAACAAACAUCCCUCAUUGGACACAGGAAGCACAGAAGAUGGCAAAGUGUAGAAAGCAGACUGCAAGCUUCCAGGAAAUGCCAUUCUACAGUCUAGGUGAAUGACCACUUAUGAAAAAAAAGAAAGAAAA